AUGCGGCUGGAGGCGCGCGGGUGUCGGGCGCGAGCAGGGCGCAGCCGCGAGGGAGGCGCGGGGGAGACCAGCAGGAGCAAGGGCGCUAGCAGCAGCUUGUGUCGGCAGAGAGCAGCCGGGCGCAGCCGGAGCCGUAGUCGCUAUGGCCGUGGCUGUGGGGAGACCGAGCAAUGAAGAGCUUCGUAACUUAUCGCUUUCUGGCCAUGUCGGAUUUGACAGUCUCCCUGACCAGCUGGUCAACAAGUCCACAUCCCAAGGGUUCUGUUUCAACAUCCUGUGCGUGGGUGAGACAGGUAUUGGCAAAUCCACAUUGAUGGACACUUUAUUCAACACCAAAUUUGAAAGUGACCCAGCGACUCAUAACGAGCCAGGUGUCCGGUUAAAAGCCAGAAGUUACGAACUACAGGAAAGCAAUGUGCGGCUGAAGUUAACCAUCGUCGACACGGUGGGAUUUGGAGACCAGAUUAAUAAAGAUGACAGCUAUAAGCCUAUCGUGGAAUAUAUUGAUGCCCAGUUUGAGGCGUACUUGCAAGAGGAAUUGAAAAUCAAACGUUCUCUCUUCAACUACCAUGACACCCGGAUUCACGCCUGCCUUUACUUCAUUGCCCCCACGGGACAUUCUCUGAAGUCCUUGGACCUGGUCACCAUGAAGAAACUGGACAGCAAGGUAAACAUCAUUCCAAUAAUUGCAAAGGCUGACACCAUUGCCAAGAACGAGCUGCACAAAUUCAAGAGUAAGAUCAUGAGCGAACUAGUCAGCAACGGGGUGCAGAUAUACCAGUUCCCCACAGAUGAGGAGACGGUGGCCGAGAUUAACGCAACGAUGAGUGUCCACCUCCCAUUUGCAGUGGUUGGCAGCACUGAAGAGGUGAAGAUUGGCAACAAGAUGGCCAAGGCCAGGCAGUACCCCUGGGGUGUGGUGCAGGUGGAGAAUGAAAACCACUGUGACUUCGUGAAGCUCAGGGAGAUGCUGAUCCGAGUGAACAUGGAGGACCUGCGAGAGCAGACGCACACUCGUCACUACGAGCUGUAUCGGCGCUGCAAGCUCGAGGAGAUGGGCUUCAAGGACACCGACCCGGACAGCAAGCCCUUCAGUCUUCAGGAGACGUAUGAAGCAAAAAGGAACGAAUUCCUGGGCGAACUGCAGAAGAAGGAGGAGGAGAUGAGACAGAUGUUUGUCUUGAGAGUGAAGGAGAAAGAGGCGGAACUUAAGGAGGCGGAGAAAGAGCUUCACGAGAAGUUUGACCUCCUGAAACGGACACACCAGGAGGAGAAGAAAAAGGUGGAGGACAAGAAGAAGGAGCUUGAAGAGGAGCUGAACAACUUCCAGAAGAAGAAGGCGGCAGCACAGCUCCUGCAAUCCCAGGCCCAGCAGUCUGGGGCCCAGCAAACCAAGAAGGACAAGAAAAAUAGUCCCUGGCUCUGCACGGAAUAAGCGAUACUCUCCAAUGUAAUUGGACGUGCUUUCGCCUUUGCAUCUUCUUCUUUAUGUAGCCAUCCCGUUGCCAAGCCCUACUCUCUCUUAAUGGACAGCAUUAGAAGAGCAGGAGCUGUCUGUCCACACAAGUUGGGGAAGAGUUACCUCAUUUCCACCAUCGCCUCCUGUUCUUUAAAGUCUGGGUCAAAUAUUGCACUGCUGUUUGUGUCUUUCAAUGUCUGUUUACAAACCACCACCCUCGGUGGCUACCGAAGUGACUUCAACUACCAAAACCAGUAACGGUCAUAUUAACUAAUUAAAAGAGUGAAGUAGAACACUUAGGCCCAAACCCCGGGGACUUGGGCUGGAAUCCUCUUGCUUAGCUGCCAUUUUCUCGAACAUCCUAAUCUAAGACCUAUGGGCCGAAGAGAGCAUGGGCCUCCACUUGAGGUUGUCAUCACCUGUGUGGCAAACAUAGCAUGUGGCACCCCCUGGUCUCCAUCCUAUGGGCAACUCCCACCAGCCCCAGCAGGAUCCUCAGCCGUCAGCAGGUCCUCAGAGUGGGGCAACCUGUGCUGCCUUCUGCUAGUUUUGUGGGUUGUUUUGGUUUGGGGUUUAAAAAAAAAAUUGCUAUUGCAUGCGCAGAGGUGGCUGCAGUUCUUCCUCUGGAACGUCCUAUUGAUAUGGUGUUUUU